AGAAUCCAAAUGACGAGCAAAUGGAAAAUGAAACGGAUGAACAGUUUGAAGAGCGCGUUUUAAAUAAAAGAGCUGCUCAGCUUUUUAUAGAUGUGAAAACACAUUUAACUGCAAAAGAUAAUAUGACUCUAUCGCAGCUAACAUUAGGAAACUCAAGAAAGCAGGCUGCUCAAAAAUUUUAUUCCCUUCUUGUCUUAAAGAAAUUUAAGGUCCUUCACAUUAUUCAAUCGUCACCCUAUGCCGAUAUUGGAAUUAUGCGAGGACCAACAUUCGAAAAUCCCAAAAUAUAAUGCAUUAGGGAUAAUAUUUAUAUAACAAAUAUAAUAAGAAUAAAAUAUAUAUAUAUUUAA